UGAUGUGUCCGUAGCCUGCGACACGCUCCGCCGAUCUCAUCUGACUCUUAAAACGAGCGCACCUCCUCGCUGCUCUCGUAACGCCAGUAAAGGACGCAGUAAAGGUGGCUUCCUCUGCUUCUUCGGUUUCUAAGGAAGACGCGGCUGUAGGAGUGGUUCAGGAAGAGAAGCGCACGCUUGUGUCGCCGAGAUGUUUCACAGAAGCAGAACCGUAAAAGGUUUGCUCAGUAUUGUCCCUGGGAAACACCGACUCGGGGCGUACAGGUUCCUACCCAUCUUUUUCUGCAUUGGAGGAGUCAUGGAGUGGAUCAUGAUCAACGUGAGGAUAGGACAUGAAACGUUCUACGAUGUCUACAGAAGGAAAAAAUCAGAGCGGCAGUACCAGCAGAAAGUAGCAGACGGUCUCGUUGUACUAGAUCAACAUGGAGCCAAGUGAAUGAUGGUCACACUUCACAAGAGUUACCUGAGGACGCACUGUUGGACUCAAACUCCCUCCCUGGUUUCACAAUUUAGUUGCAAGCGCGGAGACGCUCUGGACAAAAAAAGAUGAUGGAGGAAUCCCUUCCGGCUUGCAAGUUUUGAAAAUACUGAGUCAAAAAAAGAAAAAAACACAAGUUAAUCUUAGUGUAAUAUCAUCUGAGAUUAAGACUGAUUUAAGUGACAAUGAGUAAUACUAAAGUAACAGAACAAAAUAUUUGUAUCUAUAAUUUGAGAUAUUUUAUGGUUGAGGUAAUGACAUUAUAAAAAUGCAUCUCAAAACUAUUCAGCCAGAUUGUUCUUAUUCUGUCAUUCAUCCUUAUCCCUCAUUCGCUCAGUGAAAUUGUGCGUUUUUAUGUGUCAGUUGCACCAGCCGACAGAAAGGGACUGCAGGCAGAUGAAACUGUUUAGGUCCCCCUUCAGCCUCACGCCGUCCAGGAUGGAUCGUAGGAAGUGGCUGGAGAAAUGAAAGAAAGAAAAAGACAGAACAUUGGGAUGCUGUGUAGCCUGAAGUGCUAAAAGGAUUGACUGUACGUCUUUCUCUUCUCUUUAAUUAAAAGAAAAAAUGCAUUAGGCCUUACAUGCAGGUGAAAAACACGAAGGGAUCCUUUAAGUUUAGACACUGCUGUUAGUUCAUUAUCUUCUGAGUCUUUUGAAAUGUAACAUUUUGUGUUGCUACAGUGACAAGGAAAAUAAUGAUGGAUGGCAUUGAACAUAUACACUGAAAAAAAUCGAUAGCUUUCAGCAUUGAUCCCUUGUAGUCAGAAACCCUUCAAUAACAUCAAAUACUCCCAGUUGCAUUCAGAAUAAUUCAAACUGAGUCACCUGAAUUAAAAAAAAGCACUUACUUUGUGAAGGCAUCAGCCAGUGCUACAGUAGGAGCUACUUCAGCAAAGCAUUUUCAUGUGUUAGAAUGGCCUAGUCAAAGUCCAGACCUAUAGCCAACGUGAACAAAGCUUAGCAAUAGCUGUUUUUGCAAUAAUAAACAAAACUUUCAUUCCAUUCAUAUGCAAAGCUGGGAGAAAUGCACCCUGAAAGCUGUCAGCUUUACCACAGAUUUUUCAGAUUUUUAUUUGGAAAAGAUAUUGGAAGUAAUUGUACUUCCUUUCCACUCACAAUUAUGCGCUGCUUUAUGUUGUUGUCUAUCAUCAAAUUUUAAUGAAAUACAUUAAAGUUUGUGCUACCAAAUUGACAAAA